AUGUGGUCACAAGAGGAUGACUUGAGAAAACCACUGCUGGAUCCAAGCAGUGGUCUGCCAUAUGAUUAUCAGCAGAAGAGAGGUGGAAGUGGAAAAUAUAGUAAGGAGGAUGAUUCGACCACUGGAAAGGCAAGACCAACAUCAAGAUCAUGUAAUGAUAUAUUGUUUGGUAUUUUGUUCUUGUUGGUCGUGAUUGGUAUGGCUGUGAUCUCGGGUAUUGCAUACUCGCGUGGUCAACCAGGCCAAUUGGUGCCAUCCAACACAUUCAUCAACGGACACAACUCCACGGUCAUUGUCGAUGGCCUGCAGGAUGCUGUCGCACAGAUGCGUCAGAACAAGGACGUGCUCAUCUAUUCAGUGCUGGUCGCCUUCACCGUCGCUGCCCUCUGGAUGGAGCUGCUCAAGAGAUUCACUCGUUUCUUCAUCUACCUCACCAUGUGUCUCGGUGUUGCCCUCGUCAUCAUUGUCGGCAUCUUCUUUAUGUUCCUCGGACACAAGGAGUCAAGUGAAGCCACAAUGAUCGUUGGUGGAUGCACAAUCAUCUUGGGACUCCUACUUGUUGGAGUUGUUGUGUAUUUGAGAAGAAGCAUUGAUUUGACUUGCGCCAUGUUCACAGAGACCUGCCGUGGCGUGCAGCGCAGCCCAUCAGUGUUUGUCACUGGAAUCGUCGUCAUUCUGUUCUUCAUUGGUUUCUUGGCAUACUGGACAUCAUCAUUCGUCUACUUGUUCAGCAUUCCAGGCCACAACAUCCACUGGAGUGGCAGCAGCAGCGACAGCAACGAGCUCCCACACUUUGACGACAAGAUCAGAAACCUCAUGUUCUACAUGGUCUUUGCCUUCCUCUGGGUCACCGCCUACAUCUCUGCCGUCUUCCAAUCCGUCGUCGCUGGUGCCGUCUCCCACUGGUACUUUGCCAGAGGUUCAGCCAACUCUGAGGUUGGAUCAUCCAAUGCCUUUGUAUCUUUGGGCCGUGCCAUGACCACAUCACUUGGCAGUUUGGCAUUGGGCAGUUUAGUCAUUGCCUUUAUCGAGUUCUUUGCCUUCAUGUUGAGAUUGGCCAAGAAGUCCAACGCCGAGAACAAGUUGGCCGUCAUGCUCCUCUCAUGCAUCCAGUGCAUCCUUGGCUGUGUCGAGGGUAUCGUUAGAUGGGUCAACAAGUUUGGUUACAUCUAUGUUGCCAUGCACGGAUACAGCUUCUGCACUGCUACCAAGGCAUGCUUUGAUUUGAUCCAGAGAAACAUGUUCACUGCUGUGAUCAUGGACUUUAUCGGAUCAUUCGUGUUGCUGUUGGGCAAGAUAAUGGUUACUGCUGGUACUGCACUGUUUGCCAGUGUUGUGCUCUACUGCACCGAUCGCUCGAUCAAGGCCAACGUCAUCACCAUUGGUCUGGCCGCUCUGUUUGCCUUCUGCAUUUCCAACAUCUUCACUCACAUCAUUGGCAUUGGUACCGACACCAUUUUCGUCUGCUACCUUGAGGACGUCGAGAACAAUGGCACCGCCAACCUGUUGAUCAGUCCAGACCUCCAUGAGCUGCUCCAAGCCAAAUGCGACGAGCACAAGAAGAAGGACCAGGAGUCCAACUAA